AUGGUGGAGGAUGGGCAGAUGGAAUGGAGAAAGGGACAGAAAGUCAACCACGACGCACCACGUGCAUCAAGCAUUGAAACCGAACAAACCAGCAGCAACGCUGGGGAACUCAAGGUUCUGCAUUGUCUCACCCCAGUCAAAUCACCUCCUAAGACUCUGGUGUCGAUCCACCCAGAUACGGAGGAAGUAACAACAGCCGUCCUCCUCGCUGCAUCGACCGCAGCCCAGAAUAUCUGCAACCCCGACUCCGUCGGCGUGGGCAUUGCCCCGGGCACAGCAACGGAGACAUUUUCUCUCAUCGUUAAUAGCACCUGCGGAAUAAUCGACUCCCGUGUCGGAAAUGGCGAGGUCUGCGGGGCCUAUAACCAAGGAUCGGAAGUUACUUGCGUGGACGAGAAUGAGAGUGCGGUUGUGAGUGUUGUUACGGCGGAUGGAGAAUUUGGCAACUGCGUGCCGGCUAGAGAGGUGUGCUAUGUGCAACCUGGCUACGCGAUUCAGUGGUGCUGUGGGGUCUAG